CAGUUGUCCAGUUUAGUAGCUGCGGCCACCGGCGACUGACGAGCGAUCAGAACGAUCAGUCCGCCGAGUUCAAACAACCGUACCGUACAAAUAAACUAGAUUGCAACUGUGUCAGUGUUUGUGACGCGUCUGUCUUUGUUUGUGUGUGUGUGUGUGUGUGGCCGAGCUUAGCUGAUUUCUACGAAUAUAUAGUAGCGCCAGAAGUCGCGUACGCGCAUUCGAGCAUCAAACAUCUACGGCCAACGUCUAACGGUCUAACGGUUCACCAUCACCGUCAAUCGAACGAAAUCGAAGAAAUCGAAUUAAUAUCGACGCCAAAGCUAAUAAAGUAAUCGAAGCAUUUCGAUAAAACCCUAUCAUUUCCGGUGUGUGUGUGUUUUUUGUUGUAAAAGUAAAAGUAACAAAACCCCUGAAUAACUGCUGCGUGCCUCUCUUUCGCACUUGCGACGCACGCACCCAGCAACAAAAAAAAAAAACAAAAUAAAUAAAAUCAGCAACAGCAAGCUCUGCUAAUUUUAAACGCCCCUUUCCAGACGGCAAAUGGCAACCUCGAGGUGGAUGUGACAGUGGAUGCGAAUGCGAGUGCGGAUUAUGCAACUGCGGCCAGACUUUGGAGAGAUUGCGAGGGGUCCGCAGAUAGACGGUUUAAUUAUCAGCGACAGAUUACUAUCACCGCAGCGGCGAUGCAGCGGUGACGGUUGCGGAGAGCACCGGUUGCGGAAUGCAUUUGGCUGCCCUACCUGACUAUUUCCAAAUCAUCCGAGCCAGCGAGCAGGAGCGUUCCCAGCCCAACCAGCUAACCGGGAGUGAUAAUUGUCGGUAAUUGGAGGUUUCAAUUAAAACGGAAGAGAAUCCCCAAGCCAAUCCCCAAGCCAAAAAAGAAUAACCCUGAAUACAAAGAGACCCCGAAAUGUUGGCCACGGACAAGGGCAGUUCGGCUGGCAGUCAGAGGCCACAGAAGAGCCAUUGCCAUGGAUCGGUGUCCGUGUCGGAUCAGCAGCUCCUGCAGCACCUCCAUCCACACGCGCAUCCGCAUCCGGUGCACCUGCAGCAUGCCACACCUGUCCACCACACACACACACACUCACCUGCCUGCGAGAAGCGCCUGGAGGCGGAGACCCCGCGAAGGGAUCUCCACGAGCUGCUGCUCGAGAUCCUCGACAUGCUGCUGUCCUGCCUCGUGGUGGCGCCCUGUGUGAUCGCCUACUGGCGCGGCACCUGGGAACUGAUGUUCGUCUACCUGUUCCCCGGCAACCUGCCCCUUUCUGCCAUGGCCAGCUUCCUGAUCGGCGGCGUGGGCCACUUCCUGUUCACCGUCACGCAGAACUUCUUCAAGGAGCACAUUCAUCCGGACAGGAGGAGACUCACUUACUACGCAGUUUCUAGGUUAUACACCGCUGUUUUUGGGAUCGUUUGUGUGAACAUGUGGCGGGGAGCCUGGCUCCUUUGCGACUGGCUGACAAGUGUGGACUCCCUGAUCAUUGUUUCUGUGGUCACGGCGAUUGCUUUGGUGUUCCUAGUGGCCACGCGGACCUUGAGGAACCUCGGUGCAGCUCCCUACACCGUGACCAUGGACCACAAAAGCGAUUACUUCGAAGUGGACACCAUGUUCAAAAUACCCGGUUUUCAUCAACCUGGCUUAUAUGUGUUGGACACUCUCUUCUCGGUCUUUGUUAUUGGCAGCUUGGUGGUCAUCGCCUGGCGCGGUGUUUGGGGAAUCUUUGACAUCCUGCUGUUUCCAGGGGACAGAGCCAAAUCAGCCUGGGGAUCGCUGCUCAUUGGCUAUCUGACUGUGUUCGUGACAUUCCUUAUUCACCCACUGAUGCGUUAUGUUUGCCGUCGGAUCAGUGGAAUCCUUAAGCUGAUAAUUUGCGACAUUUACUAUCUGAUGACUUUCUUUGGGGCCGUGAAUGCCUGGCGAGGCAUUUGGAACCUGCUGGAUGUGUAUCUUUAUCCAGACAACAAGUUACUAAGCUUCUGGCUGACGCACCUGGUUCCCUUCCUGCUGCUGGCUGCCAUCAAGUGCUCCAACUCCAUCCUGGUGCGCGGGGUGUUCAUCGAUGCGGAGGGCGUUGGAGCCGAUAGCGUCGAUAUACCCAUCAACUACGUGCGGCUGCACUUCCUCCGCGAGCGCCGGAAGAAGUUGGCCCACCAAGGAUCCUCCCCCUUGCAGCCUCCGCCGCACUAUUACUUGAAACCCGAGCACGCUUCUCUAGGAAGAAAUGCGGAGAAGGACAAGGAGGCCCAGAGCAGCUUGAUCGAGAAGCCCCAUGCCACCGUGCAGAUCGUUUAGGAGCUCCGGAAUCCCGGCUCAUUGUUACCGUUAAUAUCGUUUCUAUGCCUAGAUGUUAAACUAGUUUUAAUCGCCUAAGCUUAAUCCUACCGAGCUUACUUAAGAGUCAGAUGUUUAGCAUUAAUCCGUAGACGUAGUCACGAUCUUUAUUAGCAGCUGUACAGAAAUCUAGGGAUCGACGUAUUUAGAGUAUAUUUGUUUAAGUAUAUUUGCAUUUUCCACUGCAGGAUUACGUGGCAAAUUUUAAUCUGGUGACGAAGGCACCAUCACACACUCACACUAGAUAAGUGAUAACGAUUCGACUAUGUUAAAUAAACAUUGUACAUUGGUAUUUUCAUAUAUCGCAAGAAACUAAUAAAUAAAUCUGUAAAUACUAUAUAACCAA